UACUGGUGCCCCUUCUCUCCUCCACCGCCUUGAAGUAGAUUUGAGGAGCUGCCCUUCCUCCCCCUCCUCCCCCUUCCCGCUGGUCCUUUGGCGUCUUCCAGACCAUGUCCACUGGGUCCCUCAGUGAUGUGGAAGAUCUGCAGGAGGUGGAGAUGCUGGAGUGCGAUGGCCUGAAAAUGGAUACUAACAAAGAGUUUGGGGCGUCCACCGAGAGCAACGAGGAGGGAUCCAAUGGCGAGAAUGGCUCCCCUCAGAAGGGGAGAGGGGCCUCGGGCAAGAGGAAGAAAGCUCCCCCCAAGAAGAGCCCUUUAAAUGGAGUGAGCCAGGAGGGAAAGCAGGUCCAGAGAAACGCUGCCAACGCCAGGGAGAGGGCGAGGAUGAGGGUCCUUAGCAAAGCCUUCUCCAGGCUUAAGACCACCCUGCCCUGGGUGCCCCCAGACACCAAGCUUUCCAAACUGGACACCUUGAGGUUGGCCUCCAGCUACAUUGCUCACCUGAGGCAGAUCCUGGCCAAUGACAAGUACGAAAACGGCUACAUCCACCCAGUCAACCUGACUUGGCCUUUUAUGGUAGCCGGCAAACCCGAGAGUGACCUGAAAGAAGUGGUGAACACAAACCGCUUGUGCGGCCCGACGGCAUCCUGAGCCCCGGCGGCCGGGCCAGCAGCGUCCCGGCGCGGCCGGGGAGCGGGCGGCGGGGCGGGCAGGGACACGCCGCGGCCCCGCCGCUGCCCCGGGCCCCGGGUCCCGGGCAAGAGCGACGGGGAGAGCCGCUCUCCCGGAGCGGAGACGACCAAACGUGCCCUAGCAAAGACUCCGCCCCGAGAGAUCCCGACUCUAUUUAACUUUAUUAAAUGCGUGUACAGUCGAGUGUCCUGCAACAAGAGCCUUGCUGGUUCAAGCGCUACUAGAGAAAAGACAGAGAUCAAACAAAACCUACCACGCGUGUAUCUGUUGUCUGAGACCUGUGAAAUAUGUAGAUGCCUAGAAAAACUGACUUUGACAGUCAUCUCUAUGAAGUAACUCACCCUAAAGAUAUAUAGAUAUAUUUUCUUCAAGCAGGUUUUGCUCUAUUUCUGUGAAUAAACCUUCCUUUCCACUGAA